GCUGGGCGUCCUCGCCCCACACCCCAGCCCAGGCUGCCGAGGGGGACCAGGCAUUCUGGCUCCGUGGAGAGCCCAGGCGUCGUGGCCCAGCGCCCGCCGAGGUCCCCACAGCUGUCCAGGGUCCGCGUCCAUUCCCCCCCCUCCCCCCCCCACGCCGUGGCCUUUGCGAGCGGGAACCCGAUCCGCCCCUACUCCCCCCCCCGCCCAGGCCUAUAUCUGCCGUGGGGCCCGGUCACGUGGCAGCCGGGCUGCACGGGGCAGGCAGUGGACGGGCAGGGGGACAAGGACAGGGACGGCGCGGCCAUGACCACCCUCGAGAGCCAGGCGCCCUUCGGGAUGGCCUACAUGGCUGACGACUACAUGCAGCAGGAGGAGGACUGGGACCGCGACCUGCUGCUCGACCCAGCCUGGGAGAAGCAGCAGCGGAAGACCUUCACAGCUUGGUGUAACUCCCACCUGCGCAAGGCUGGGACACAGAUCGAGAACAUUGAGGAAGACUUCCGCAAUGGGCUGAAACUCAUGCUGCUGCUGGAGGUCAUUUCUGGUGAGCGGCUGCCGAAGCCAGAUAAGGGCAAGAUGCGCUUCCACAAGAUUGCCAAUGUCAACAAGGCCCUGGACUUCAUUGCCAGCAAGGGGGUGAAGCUGGUCUCCAUCGGGGCCGAAGAAAUUGUUGAUGGGAACCUCAAGAUGACGUUGGGCAUGAUCUGGACCAUCAUCCUGCGCUUUGCCAUCCAGGACAUCUCCGUGGAGGAGACGUCAGCUAAGGAGGGGCUGCUGCUCUGGUGCCAGCGGAAGACGGCCCCGUACCGCAACGUCAAUGUGCAGAACUUCCACAUCAGCUGGAAGGAUGGCCUGGCCCUCUGUGCCCUCAUCCACCGCCAUCGUCCCGACCUUAUUGACUAUGCGAAGCUCCGCAAGGAUGAUCCCAUUGGCAACCUCAACACAGCCUUCGAGGUCGCCGAGAAGUACCUGGACAUCCCCAAGAUGCUGGAUGCCGAAGACAUCGUCAACACCCCCAAGCCAGACGAGAAGGCCAUCAUGACCUAUGUGUCCUGCUUCUACCAUGCCUUCGCCGGCGCUGAGCAGGCUGAGACGGCUGCCAACAGGAUCUGCAAAGUGCUGGCUGUCAACCAGGAGAACGAGAAGCUCAUGGAGGAGUAUGAGAAGCUGGCCAGUGAGCUCCUGGAGUGGAUCCGUCGCACGGUGCCCUGGCUGGAGAACCGCACGCCCGAGACCAGCAUGGCUGCCAUGCAGCGCAAGCUGGAGGACUUCCGCGACUACCGGCGCGUGCACAAGCCGCCACGCGUGCAGGAGAAGUGCCAGCUGGAGAUCAACUUCAACACGCUGCAGACCAAGCUGCGGCUCAGCAACCGCCCUGCCUUCAUGCCCUCUGAGGGCAAGAUGGUGUCGGACAUCGCCAACGCCUGGAAGGGGCUGGAGCAGGUGGAGAAGGGCUACGAGGAAUGGCUGCUCACAGAGAUCCGGCGCCUGCAGCGCCUCGACCACCUGGCCGAGAAGUUCAAGCACAAGGCGACGCUGCACGAGAGCUGGACGCGGGGCAAGGAGGAGCUGCUCUCGCAGCGGGACUACGAGGCGGCCUCACUCACCGAGGUGCGAGCCCUGCUGCGCCGGCACGAGGCCUUCGAGAGUGACCUGGCUGCUCACCAGGACCGCGUGGAGCAGAUCGCCGCCAUCGCCCAGGAGCUCAACGAGCUGGACUACCACGACGCGGCGACAGUGAAUACGCGGUGCCAGGCCAUUUGCGACCAGUGGGACACACUGGGGACCCUCACGCAGAAACGCCGGGAUGCCCUGGAGCGCACGGAGAAGCUGCUGGAGACCAUCGACCAGCUAUACCUAGAGUUCGCCAAGCGAGCAGCCCCCUUCAACAAUUGGAUGGAUGGGGCCGUGGAGGACCUGCAGGACAUGUUCAUUGUGCACAGCAUCGAGGAGAUACAGACCCUGAUCACAGCCCACGAGCAGUUCAAGGCAACGCUGCCGGAGGCCGAUCGGGAGCGGAUGGCCAUUGUGGGCAUCCACGGAGAGAUCCAGAAGAUUGCACAGACGUAUGGCAUCAAGCUGAGUGGAGGCAACCCCUACACAUCCCUCACCCACCUGGACAUCAGCAGCAAGUGGGACAUGGUGAAGCAGCUGGUUCCCCACCGUGACCAGACACUGCAGGAGGAGCUCUCCCGCCAGCAGAGCAAUGAGCGGCUUCGGCGACAGUUUGCCGCCCAGGCCAAUAUCAUUGGGCCUUGGAUCCAGACCAAGAUGGAGGAGCUUGGCCGUGUCUCGGUGGAUGCCAGUGGCUCCCUGGAGGACCAGAUGAACCGCCUGAAGCAGCAUGAGCAGAACAUCAUCAACUACAAGUCCAACAUCGACAAGCUGGAGGGCGACCACCAGCUCAUCCAGGAGGCCCUGGUCUUCGACAACCGGCACACGAACUACACUAUGGAGCACAUCCGCGUGGGCUGGGAGCAGCUGCUGACCACAGUGGCACGGACAAUCAAUGAGGUGGAGAAUCAGAUCCUGACGCGUGACGCCAAGGGCAUCAGCCAGGAGCAGAUGAACGAGUUCCGGGCAUCCUUCAACCACUUUGACCGGAAGAGGAACGGCAUGAUGGACCCAGAUGACUUCCGUGCCUGCCUCAUCUCCAUGGGUUACGACCUGGGUGAGGUGGAGUUUGCCCGGAUCAUGAUGCUCGUGGACCCCAACAACACGGGGGUCGUCACCUUCCAGGCCUUCAUUGACUUCAUGACCCGGGAGACAGCUGAGACCGACACAGCCGAGCAGGUCAUUGCCUCCUUCAAGAUCCUGGCAGGGGACAAGAACUACAUCACGGUGGAGGAGCUGCGGCGGGAGCUGCCAGCCGAGCAGGCUGAGUACUGCAUCAGCCGCAUGGUGAAGUACGUGGGGGCCGACGCCGUUGCCGGAGCCCUCGACUACGUCUCCUUCUCCAACGCGCUCUACGGCGAGAGCGACCUGUGACCCGCCCCGGUCCGCCCGGGUCCGGCCGUGCGCAGCGUCGCGCGCGAUGAAGCAGCUCCGGCAGCCCCGCCCCCUGCUCGGCUCUGCCUGCGGGAGGGGCGGGGAGUAUGCAAAUAAA